CCCUCUAGCCUCUGUUUCUGCUGGGAUGGCGAUUAGGUGGCUGGAGGGCCAGGACUCAGUUCCCCUGCCUUAGUCCGGGGGUAGUGGGUGGGACUCCACACAAAACUGAUUUUCCAAAAGCGGAUUUCGUUCAUUUUUUGCUGCACUUUCUCUGAGUUAAAGCCUAAGGAAAAAGCGCGGAGCAGGAGCCGCCCCAGGCGGCAGACACCUGCGGGGGAGGAGGGGAGCGCCUCCCGCAGACCCAGGGGACUGGGACCCUGAGUGACCUCACCGUGGUGCGUUUUAGCCGCUACUUUCUUUUUCAGUCUUUCUGAGCAAGGAAGGGGAGGAGUUCUGAAAAGAAGUCGCUUGCAGCAAGGAACGGAACUGCAAGGGGUCCUUUGGGGUCAACAGAGAGACAGUGCGGAUUGGCAAGGCGCGCCCUGCCGCUGCCGGAGAGCCGGAAACGCAGCCCCGAGGUCUGGGAAGCCGCCGGGGUACAACAAGAAGGUGUAACCAUCUACAAUCCAGGAAGAGAACUUUUUCAUCAGAGUUCAACCGUGUUGGCACCCUGACCUUGGACUUCCACAAGUGCACCCCAGUCACCGGUGUCCUUGAUCUGAGAGUGGCUACUGUUGUGUACUUGUGUACUCUCCCACACAAGAAGUCAGCUUACUAGGCGGCGAUCUGCAGCCUGUCAGAGGCCGCCAGCACCAUGUUCUGCAGGAAGCUGAAGGAACUCAAGAUCACAGGGGAGUGUCCUUUGUCCUUACUGGCCCCAGGGCAGGUUCCUAGAGAGCCAGCAGAGGAAGCAGCAGAAAGCUCAGAAAGCUGCAAAGCAGCUCUGCCCAUCUGUCAGGAUGUUCCUGAGAAAAAUGUACAAGGAAGUCUUCCUCAAAGAAAGACCAGUCGGAGUCGAGUCUAUCUUCACACUUUGGCUGAGAGUAUUUGCAAACUGAUUUUCCCAGAGUUGGAGCGGCUGAAUCUUGCUCUUCAGAGAACAUUGGCAAAACACAAAAUAAAAGAAAGCAGGAAAUCUUUGGAAAGAGAAGAUGUUGAAAAAAUAAUUGCAGAUCAAGCAAUUGCAGCAGGAGUUCCAGUGGAGAUUAUCACAGAAUCUCUCGGUGAAGAGCUUUUUCAAAUCUGUUACGAGGAAGAUGAACAUAUCCUUGGUGUGGUCGGAGGGACCCUCAAAGAUUUUUUGAAUAGCUUCAGCACCCUCCUGAAACAAAGCAGCCACUGUCAAGGAGCAGAAAAGAAAGGCAGGUUUGAGGACGCUUCCAUUCUAUGCCUGGAUAAAGAUCAUGAUUUCUUAAAUGUUUACUAUUUCUUCCCUAAACGAAUCACAUCCCUGAUUCUUCCUGGCAUCAUCAAGGCAGCUGCUCACAUACUCUACGAAACCGAAGUGGAAGUGUCCUUAACACCUCCGUGCUUCCAGAGUGACUGCAGCGAGUUUGUUAACCAGCCUUACUUGUUAUACUCCCUUCACGUCAAGAGCAGCCGGCCGUCCCUGUCCCCAGGCAAGCCCCAGUCCUCGCUGGUGAUCCCCGCUUCCCUCUUCUGUAAGACGUUUCCUUUCCAUUUCAUGUUUGACAAGGAUCUCACGAUCCUGCAAUUGGGCAAUGGCAUUAGAAGACUGACGAACAGGAGAGACUUUCAAGGAAAGCUCAACUUUGAAGAGUACUUUGAAAUUCUGACUCCCAAAAUCAGCCAAACAUUUAGUGGCAUCAUGACCACGUUGAAUAUGCAGUUCGUUGUCCGAGUGAGGAGAUGGGACACCUCUGUGAAGAGAUCUUCAAGGGUCAUGGACCUCAAGGGCCAAAUGAUCUACAUAGUUGAGUCCAGUGCAAUCUUGUUCUUGGGGUCACCCUGUGUGGACAGAUUGGAAGAUUUUACAGGACGGGGUCUCUACCUCUCAGACAUCCCAAUUCACAACGCCCUGAGGGAUGUCGUGUUGAUAGGCGAACAGGCCAGAGCUCAAGAUGGCCUGAAGAAGAGGCUGGGCAAGCUGAAAGCCACCCUUGAACAAGCCCACGGAGCCCUGGAGGAGGAGAAGAAGAAGACUGUUGACCUCCUGUGCUCCAUAUUCCCCGGCGAGGUGGCGCAGCAGCUGUGGCAAGGGCAGGCUGUGCAAGCCAAGGAGUUCCGCAGCGUGACCAUGCUCUUCUCAGACAUCGUUGGGUUCACGGCCAUCUGCGCCCAGUGCUCACCGCUGCAGGUCAUCACCAUGCUCAACGCGCUCUACACUCGCUUCGACCGCCAGUGCGGACAGCUGGAUGUCUACAAGGUGGAGACCAUUGGUGAUGCGUACUGUGUGGCCGGGGGAUUACACAAAGAAAGUGAUACGCAUGCCGUUCAGAUAGCGCUGAUGGCCCUGAAGAUGAUGGAGCUCUCCAGUGAAGUUGUGUCUCCCCAUGGAGAACCUAUCAAGAUGCGAAUUGGACUGCAUUCUGGGUCGGUUUUUGCAGGCGUGGUUGGAGUUAAAAUGCCCCGUUACUGUCUUUUUGGGAACAACGUCACCUUGGCUAACAAAUUUGAGUCUUGCAGCGUACCACGGAAAAUCAAUGUCAGUCCCACGACCUACAGAUUACUCAAAGACUGCCCUGGUUUUGUAUUUACCCCUCGAUCAAGGGAGGAACUUCCACCAAACUUCCCCAGUGAAAUUCCUGGAAUCUGUCAUUUUCUGGAAGCUUAUCAACAAGGAACAAAUUCAAAACCAUGGUUCCAAAAGAAAGAUGUGGAAGAUGGCAGUGCCAAUUUUUUAGGCAAAGCAUCGGGAAUAGAUUAGCAAAAUAAAUACAUGAUCAGUAGGCUUUGGGGUUUGACUCCUUCGAGUAUAUGUGGAACCUCCGAAAGCACUUUAGGUUUGCAGAUGGCUACAGAGCAGUAUUAAAAUUUCAGGAGCUAGUCACCAUCUACUUUUCUUCCACUUAACAUGACAAAAAAAUGCAUUUACUUCAACACUCAGACUGUUCGGUGGAGAAAAAAAAGAAAGAAAUCUGAAAAAGUGACUUUUGGGAGACUUUGUUAAUGUAACAAUCACUUAUUAUCCAUAUUCAAAAUUCGGCACAUUGUACAUAUGUCAGGCAAUUGUAGUGACCUAUACAACCUGAUGGAGUCACCUGUGGUCUCGUGCCUGGUGGAAUGCCAUGCUCAUUAAUGUGUAUUUGUGAUAGUAUUGCCUUAAAAAAGCUGUUUGAAUAUAAAUUAUAGUGUUUGAUGCCAGAAGCUCUCUAAACCUUUCAACUCUACAUUUUAUCACAUUGCCUCAUUUAACUGUCUGCUUAUAUAACAAAAUAGAUUGUUUUUUUCUCUGUUGCACUUUUUUCUUUUUUUAAGAAAAUAAGCAAUUAUGGGUUAGAUGCAAUAUGAAUAUAAAAUAGUUCUAUAAAUAUCAAAGAUCAUUUUAUAACCAUGGUCAUCAUAACAAUAAAUAUUUCCUUUUGUUUGACUUUUUUUUUAUAAUUCUGCACAUGGUAAAGGCGAUUACCAUUCAUCUUAACAGCUUAAUUCUAUUAAUUCACUUUUGUGUCAGAACAUUCAGGAUAAAAGAGGCUUGCAGCCUAUAGUAAAAUGCAGUAUCAUUCUAAUUAAAUUUAACCUGAAGCAGCAUAGGAGUGAACUAAGCAUCGAUAGAGCAUACCAUAAAGUCCAGGUAAAACGUUACACACACACACACACAGACACACACACAGACACACACACACACACACACACACACACACAGUAACUUGGAUUUCUUCCAGCAGUCAUCCUUCAUUGCCAUGCUGAGCCAUAUAAAGUUCCAAUAAGAAAAUCUAAGUUCAGAAGUGGGAAAUAAGACUUCUUUUUGCUUAUAGCUUAUUUUUAAGUAUGCUGAACACUUUGAUGUGUGUACAUGUCCUAAGAAUCAUUAAGAUGUUUUUAUCUUAUUAAGUACACAUCUGUGAUUUUUUUUUUUCUAAUUGAAGUAUCUCAAUGAUAUUUUUAAAAGAAAAUGUUAGUAUUGAUGAAGCAAACGAUGCUGUGAUUUCAUUUGAAAAUUCCUAAACAUUUUUCUGAAACUUGAACUUUUAUUUCUUAGGAUGUUGAUUUAAUAUCUCUGGUGAACUAAAGAACCUGCAGUUUGGUUUGGGAUAAGGAUUUGAUUUUUAAAAGAGCUCAACUUCAAAGCAAGAGAAAGAUGACCAUUAGAAUUUUCAAAUCAGUAUUAACAGAGGCAUAGAUACACUGAACUCUUACUUUGGGUUCAAGGAAGUAACUCAGUUUCAGAGUUCCUUAAUUAUCUCCAGUACCCCCCAGGAUAGUGCAUGGUGACCUCAGGAAUAAAAAGUCAUUACUGAUUGGCCUCUAGACUUCCAAAUGUACUACUACAGAUGUGAAAAUAGCUAUUUGCUAAAUGAUACCUCAAUGUUUUGAAAGAUUGAUUGUGUCUCACUAAAUACCAAUCCUAUUAUUGGAAAGUACCAUAGGCUUUGGGAAAAUACAGUUUCUCACAAUUAUAUCAAGUUAAUAAAAGUAUUUAGAAUGAAAAUAAAGACUUAAAUACAUUUUUUUCCUUUUGGAGUUGAACUCUUAUUACAGGGAAAAUAAUAUGAAUUAAAGGAAAUUUUAAAAAUAUUUAAGAAAUGUCAUUAUUAAAUAUUUAAGCAGACCCCAAUUUGGUAAUAAUAUGUGUUCUAAAAGUUCAUACAUUCAUUAGAGUUCAAAAAAUACUUUGUGUGUGUAUGUGUGUGGAGGAAAAUGUAAACAAUCUGAGCAAAAGCUAAUUUGGGAAUUCCUUGUACUACUGCAAUCAUUCUAUAAGUUUGAAAUUUUAUCUAAAUACAAAGUUACCAAAAAAUGUAUUUUCCUAGAGAAAUUAAAUUAUCUGUGAGAAGAUUCCCUAGGCCAGCCUACAAAGUCUCAUUGAAUUGUGGUAGAGUUCAUGGACCUUAGGCAAGAAAAAUGCACAUUUCCAUGACAGAAUGCACUCGAAAUUCACAACUUGGAUGCUAAAAAAGCUAAUGAAUUCCUUUUCCUUCUCUGUCUUAUCCACUUUGGAGGCUAGAGCUUAUGGAGACAUUUUUAGUUCCAGACCAUUGAUGGUAGCCAGAGCCAGAGACCCUACAGGGUAAAUUCUCAAGGAAA